AUUACUCAAUACUCCCUCGUCAUCUUAUCACUACAAAACUCUCUCCGAUCCGAUCCUUAGAUCAUUUUGAUCUCUUUUUGUGGGAUUGAAGGGAGGAAUUAAGGGAGAUAAAUUAAUAUUAAAGAUCAUAUAUUAUAGUUAAGAAGAGAAGAGAUCAAUAUAUAUCAUCAUGUGGAGGCUAAAGAUUGCAGAGAAAGGGAACAACCCUUACAUUUUCACCACGAAUGAGUAUGCUGGAAGACAGAUAUGGGAAUAUGAUCCUAAUGCCGGAACUCCUGAAGAGCGAGAGCAAGUGGAAGAGGCUCGCCGGAACUUUACUAAGAACCGCUCUAAGGUCAAGCCCAGCUCCGACCUUCUUUGGCAGUAUCAGAUUCUGAGGGAGAAAAACUUCAAGCAAACAAUUCCGGCAGUGAGAGUUGAGGAAGGGGAAGAAGUCACGUACGAAAAGACAACAACGGCUAUGAAGAGGUCAGCCAGCUUUUAUUCAGCCUUGCAGGCUAGUGACGGCCACUGGCCUGCUGAGAAUUCCGGGGUCCUCUUUUUCCUUCCUCCUUUCGUGUUUUGCUUCUACAUUACUGGGCAUCUCGACACCAUGUUCCCUCCCGAGUACCGCAAAGAAAUCUUUCGUUACAUAUACAACCAUCAGAAUGAAGAUGGUGGGUGGGGUCUGCACAUAGAAAGUCACAGCAACAUGUUUUGCACAACCUUCAGCUACAUUUGUCUGCGCAUGCUUGGGGUAGGGCCAGAUGAGGAAGCUUGUGCAAGAGGAAGAAAAUGGAUUCUUGACCGUGGUGGUGUCACUUCCAUUCCCUCUUGGGGCAAGACUUGGCUUUCGAUUCUUGGCCUGUUUGACUGGUCUGGUUGUAACCCUAUGCCCCCAGAGUUUUGGAUUCUGCCUACUGCCCUUCCUGUUCAUCCAGCAAAAAUGUGGUGCUACUGUCGAUUGGUUUACAUGCCAAUGUCAUAUCUGUAUGGAAAAAGAUUUGUUGGACCAAUUACACCUCUGAUUCUGUCAUUGAGAGAAGAGCUGUACCUUCAGCCUUACGAAAGCGUAAAGUGGAAGCAAGUCAGACAUUUAUGUGCAGAGGAGGAUCUUUACUAUCCACAUUCCUUGAUUCAGGAUUUCCUUUGGGAUAGUCUGUAUUUGAUGUCUGAACCUCUUCUUACUCGCUGGCCCUUCAACCAGUUGGUCAGAAAGAAGGCUCUUGAAGUAACAAUGAAGCACAUUCAUUAUGAAGAUGAAAACAGUAGAUACAUUACUAUUGGUUGUGUUGAGAAGGUGCUGUGCAUGCUUUCUUGUUGGGUGGAAGAUCCAGAUGGUGUUGCUUUUAAGAGGCAUCUUGCUAGGGUUCCUGAUUACUUGUGGGUUGGAGAGGAUGGAAUGAAGGUCCAGAGCUUUGGUAGCCAGUUGUGGGAUGCUACUUUUGGUUUUCAGGCUUUGUAUACUAGUGAGCUUGGUGAAGAAAUCAAGCCUACGCUCGCUAAAGCAUUUGAUUUCAUCAAGAAAUCUCAGGUUGUGGAUAAUCCAGCAGGUGACUUCGUGGGCAUGUAUCGUCACAUUUCUAAAGGAUCAUGGACUUUCUCUGAUCAAGAUCAUGGCUGGCAACUUUCUGAUUGUACAGCCGAAGCUUUAAAGUGUGUUCUCUUCGCUCAAAUGUUGCCCACUGAAUACAUUGGUGAGAAAAUGGAUCCUCAGAUGAUAUUUGAAGCAGUCAAUAUCAUUCUUUCACUGCAGGGACCAAGAGGUGGUCUAGCAGGCUGGGAGCCGAUUCGCGGUGAAAUGUGGUUAGAGAAACUCAAUCCUAUGGAAUUCCUGGAGAACAUAGUCAUCGAGCACGACUAUGUUGAGUGCACAUCAUCUGCAAUCCAUGGAUUUGUGAUGUUUAUGAAGAUGUACCCUGGACACAGGAAGAAAGAAAUUGAGACUUUCAUUGCAAGAGCUGUCGAUUAUCUCGAAAUGAUUCAAAUGCCUGAUGGUUCAUGGUAUGGAAACUGGGGAGUUUGCUUCAUUUACAGUACAUGGUUCGCACUUGUUGGUCUAGCAGCUGCUGGAAAAACCUACUAUAAUAACCAAGCAAUGCGUAGAGGAGUCGAUUUUCUACUCAGGGCACAGUCUCCAGAUGGUGGAUGGGGCGAGAGCUACUUAUCUUGCCCAAAUAAGAUAUAUACACCUCUCGAAGAAAAGAGAUCAACUUAUGUGCAGACAGCAUGGGCUAUGCUUGGUUUGAUUCAUUCUGGCCAGGCGGAUAGGGAUCCGACUCCACUUCACCGUGGUGCUAAGUUGUUGAUUAACUCUCAAGCUGAAGAUGGAAGCUAUCCUCAGCAGGAAAUUACUGGUGUUUUCAAGAAUAACUGUAUGUUACACUAUCCAACAUAUAAGAAUGUUUUCCCCUUAUGGGCUCUGGCAGAAUACCGCAAAAAUGUUCCAUUGCCUUCCAAGAAGCUUUGAGUCAAUCAAAGGAUUUUGUACAAGAGAAAGAUAUAUAGCUGUUUGUGUAGAGAAGCUGGAAAUUAAAUUGUGAAUUUUAAGACUGCACGGACCCCAUAUGCUUAUGGUUCUGGGGCAGGUCAUAAUAAAUAUGCUCACAGAAGCUUGUAAAAAGUUGAACCAAAAAGUAAGGUUCUCUUAAUACCAUGUAUCUAUUAUAUUAAUCAAAAUUUUUCAAUCUUUCUGGUCC